AUGUCUUCGACGCGCAGCGACGCGCCUGAAGUGCGAGAGUCUAUCGAGGCCAAGGUCACUGGCGAUGUCGACAUGAUCGACGCCCCCGCGCCCACCUCGGUAGAGGCCGCCCCAAAGACUGACGAAACAACCACCGUUGUCGCCAAUCCAGGUGCUCCCGAGAAAAUGGAUGUGGACGCCGACGCAGAUGCUGAUGCCGAUGGCGAAGCAGACGAAGAAGCAGAUGCGCCAGGGGAAGCCGAUGUCGAUGCCGACGCCGAUGCCGAUGCGGACGCGGACGCGGACAUUGAUGCUGACGGAGACCUCGACGACGGCGCUGCGUCCCCGGCCGACUCCGAGCCUGGCGAUCUCUUGGACGUUAUACAGACCCUCAACACAUACCUCAGCAACUAUAAGGACGAUGAUGGGGAGUGGUGGGCUGCAAGCUUCCAGCGCAUUCCGAACAAACGCCAGUUGCCUGAUUAUUUCGAGAUCAUUGAGAACCCCAUCGCCUUCAGUACUAUUCGCGGCAAGAUCAGCAAAAAGCAGUACAGCGAUUUCCCCGAAUUUGUUCGUGACGUUGCUCAGAUCUGCCACAAUGCCCAAGUGUACAACCGUCCCUCGUCUGCCAUUUUUAAAGGUGCCACUAUAAUCAGGGACCUGCUCAAGGCAGAGCUGCAAAAGCUUGUCUCAAAAGGCACCAUCAAGCCUGAGGAGGCUGAGCUGCCGGAUCUGGGCGAGCUCCCACCUGCUGAUGAAUCCUCUCCCGAGCCCGAGUCUGAAGAAGAAGAUGAAGAAGAGGAGGAAGAAGAGGAGGAGGAGGAAGAGGAAGACAAUGACGACUCUGAUGACGAUGGAAAACGCCGACGCAGCAGGAGACGGGGCCGAGCUUCUUUCGGCAGGCGUUAUGUCGAUGAAGCCAGAGAGGAGGACGAGCAUAAGAAGCGCGGCCGCCCUCCUAAAGUCCUAACACCCCUUGAGGCCCGCAUUGACAACGUGAUCAAGGGUCUUCGCAAGUUCAAAUCAGACGAUGGCGAGUUGCUCAUCAGUCCUUUCGAGAGGCUGCCUGACAAGAUGAUGAACCCGGACUACUAUCAGGUCAUUGCUGAACCGAUUGCAUUGGAUAACAUUAAGAAAAAGGCCAAGAGGAAGAAGUACUCGACCGUCGAAAGCGUCCUCAAGGAUAUGGACACCAUGUUCAACAAUGCCAUGCACUACAACGAAGAAGGCAGUGAUAUUUACCAAGCUGCCGUGGAACUGAAGAGACAUGCAUAUGAGUUGGUGGCCCAAGAAAAGGCCAGGCCCGACGACGAAUUCCGAGACGAGGAUGGCAAACUUCCGUUGGCCGAUAUUCAGUACAACGGCCAGUCGUGGAAAGUUGGUGACUGGGUGCAUAUUCGCAACGUGAACGACAUGGCCAAGCCCAUCGUCGCUCAGAUAUUCCGCACCUGGCAAGACCGCGCCGGCCAACGGUGGAUCAACGCCUGUUGGUACUACCGCCCUGAGCAAACGGUACACCGGUACGAGAAGCACUUUUUUGAGAAUGAGGUGGCCAAGACGGGCCAGUACCGUGACCACCAGAUCGAAGAGGUCCUUGACCGAUGCUUCGUCAUGUUUGUGACGCGCUUCAACAAGGGAAGGCCGCGGGGGCUUCCAAGGGACAAAGAAGUUUACAUUUGCGAGUCUCGCUAUAAUGAAGCGACGUGCCGCUUCAACAAGAUCAAGACGUGGGCCAGCUGUGUGCCGGAUGAAGUGCGAGAGAGGGACUACGAGAUGGAUCUGUUUGAGCAGCCGCGGCGGCUGAGGAAAGUACCCAGCCCGAUCAAACACCUGCUGCAAGCGGAUGCAAAGGAGACGGAUGAGCUCCCAAAGCCGACCUGGGGUGCCUCAAACGCACCACCCAUCAUCGGUGCUGUACAUCGGCGACCUCGAGAAGCAAACGAGUCUCCUCCGCCUGAGCCAACACCGUCGCCUCCACCACCGGCUGCGCUUGACAUGAGUCAAGAACCGGCGCGACGGCCUUCGGUGCUGCAAGCCAUGCGGCAAACCCCCAGCGACAUGUCAAUCAAUAACGCGCCCACACCGUACGGACACGGCGGCAUGGGAGCGGCGCCGUCGCCGUCACCGGCCAUGUACGCUCAGCAGUAUACGCCUCAACACGCGUCUGCGUCUCCUGUCGCCGUACCUCACCAGACGCCGGUGCCGUUGCCCCAAAUUCCUCACCAGGCGUCUCACUCUCCGCAACAGCCCAUCCGUCCCAUGUACCAGCAGCAGGGAUUCGUGCCAAGUCCCUACCAGCAACACCAACAGCACCCUCAGCACCCACACCCACAGCACCCCCAGCAUCUUCCCCACCAGUUUCAGCAGCAGCAACAGCACCACCAGCAGCACCACCACCUCCCGCAGCACCAGCCUCCAGCGCCCCAGUACCAGCAGGCCCAAGCGCCCGUCCCACAGCACCAGCACCAGCACCACCAGCACCACCAGAUGCAUCCACAAAUGAUGCCAGCAAAUCCUUUGGGUCAGACGUUCAAUCACCAUCAAAUGCAGCCUCACCCAGCCGCAGCCCGUACCCCCAUGGCGCCCGCCUCCAAUGCGAUGCCGCCAAACAACGCAUACAACCCGCCUCGACCCCCCGAGGUUUUUGUGCUGCCCGACCACGUCAACGACCAGAUCCCGGAGGAAGUGCGCAGUCAGUACAACAGGGACGAGAACGGCAGAAUCAUUUUCUUCACCACACCGCCCAUCUCCCGACCCGAGCAUGGCCUCGCCCCGGACAACGCCAACACGGGCCACAGCCUCGCCUACCUUGCUAAGAGCAACCCCGAAUGGCUGUCGGAGCGCACCAGCCGCGCAAAGGCCUUUUCUGUUGCCAAGCAGAAGGAGUUGAGGACCAAGAUGGCCAUUGAUGAAAUCACCAAGGGCAAGACGCAGGAAGAAUUGCGCGAUUGGGCAAGCGAUGCCUGGGCUCUGUACUGGAAGGCUCACGCUCAAGAGACGGCACUCAUGUUAGGCGACGACGAUUUGGAUGACAGUCAACGACUCCUCAAGGAGCAGCGUGCAUCCCGAGUUAAGUCUAGGAGGGAGCGUGAAGAAGAGGCUGAGAAGGCCGAAGAGGCCAAGAAGGCCAGCUACCUCGAAGACAUUUAUCACGCACACACCAGCCUGCGCUCAUCUAAGCCUCGCGGUGUCUGA